AUGCCACACCACCAUCUCGCCAACGGCGUCGCACCCACUGCGAAUGGCGGGGUUAAAGAGCCGCCAGCCGCACCCGCGUCUGCAUCCGAGCCCGCGUCCACAGCUCCAUCCCUCUCCUUGCGCCAGGUCUGUCUCGAGCUGCAGGCCAAGGUCAACGCCUUCCUGGCCCAGAAUGUCGAGACAGGCCUCCUCAAGGGCGUGCAGUCCCGUGUCCGCGAGGCACAGUCCGUCAUUGACGACGCCCUCGAGAGAUACAGCAUCGAGGAGCUCUCCCUCUCCUACAACGGCGGCAAGGACUGCCUGGUGCUCCUCGUCCUGAUCCUCGCCUGCCUCCCGCGGCACUUCGAGCCGCCGCCGCCGCCGCCCCCCUACUACUCCAUCCCGCCCGGCGCCGGCACGACGACCAACGGCCUGACCUCCCAGAUCCCGACCAACACCCCCGCGGCGCCGACCCCCGUGCGCAGCCCCACGCCGCACCCCUUCCCCUCCACCCUGCAGUCCGUCUACAUCGUCGCGCCCGACCCCUUCGCCGAGGUCGACGCCUUCGUCGAGCACUCGGCCCGCGCCUACCACCUCGACCUGUGCCGCUACGCCCUGCCCAUGCGCGCCGCCCUCGACGCCUACCUCCGCGACCGCCCCCGCCUCAGGGCCGUCUUCGUCGGCACCCGCAGGACCGACCCCCACGGCGCCGCCCUCACGCACUUCGACCCCACCGACGGCGACUGGCCCGCCUUUGUGAGGGUGCACCCCGUCAUCGACUGGCAUUACGCAGAGAUCUGGGCGUUCCUCCGACACCUGGACAUCCCUUAUAUAUCACUAUACGACCAAGGAUACACAUCUUUAGGCGGCACCAAGGACACUCAUCCCAACCCCCUGCUCAAGAGACAGGCCGAGGGCGAAGGGUUCAGGCCGGCGUACGAGCUGGUAGAGGACGACGAGGAGAGGUUAGGCCGGGACCGGUAG